AUGGCGACCACAAUCGACAAGAUCAAGGACAUUGAGUCCGAGAUGGCCAAGACCCAAAAGAACAAGAACACCUCCUUCCAUUUGGGACAACUGAAGGCCAAGCUUGCAAAGCUCAAGCGUGAGCUGUUGACUCCGACUGGAGGCGGCGGCGGCGGCGCCGGUGCCGGUUUCGAUGUUGCGCGUACUGGUGUUGCAAGUGUUGGUUUCAUUGGUUUCCCCUCCGUCGGAAAGAGUACCCUCAUGAGCAAGCUUACUGGACAACACUCUGAAGCUGCCGCUUACGAGUUCACAACUCUUACGACUGUCCCCGGCCAAGUCAUGUACAACGGUGCCAAAAUUCAGAUUCUGGAUCUUCCCGGUAUUAUUCAGGGUGCUAAGGACGGUAAGGGUCGUGGUCGUCAGGUCAUUGCUGUGGCGAAGACCUGCCAUCUGAUCUUCAUCGUCCUCGAUGUCAACAAGCCUCUGGUUGAUAAGCGCGUCAUCGAGAACGAAUUGGAGGGAUUCGGUAUUCGUAUCAACAAAUCUCCUCCCAACAUCAACUUCAAGAAGAAGGACAAGGGUGGUAUCGCUAUCACCAGCACCCAGCCUUUGACUAACAUCAGUCACGAGGAAAUUAAAGCCGUUAUGAACGAGUACAAGAUCUCUUCUGCCGACAUUGCCAUUCGUUGCGAUGCCACCAUCGACGACCUGAUUGAUGUUCUCGAGGCCAAGAGCCGAAGCUAUAUCCCCGUCGUCUACGCUUUGAACAAGAUCGACGCCAUCUCCAUUGAGGAGCUGGAUCUCAUUUACCGUAUUCCCAACGCCGUUCCCAUCAGUUCGGAGCACGGCUGGAACAUCGACGAGUUGUUGGAAAUGAUGUGGGAAAAGCUCAGCUUGAGGCGAAUCUAUACUAAGCCCAAGGGCAAGGCUCCCGACUACACGGCCCCUGUCGUGCUCCGGGCUUCCGGCUCCACUGUGGAGGACUUCUGUAACGCCAUUCACCGCACUAUCAAAGAUCAGUUCAAACACGCCAUUGUGUAUGGCCGCUCUGUCAAGCACCAGCCGCAGCGAGUUGGUCUCGCCCACGAGCUUGCUGAUGAGGACAUUGUGUCGAUUGUCAAGCGGUAA